AUGUCGCUCAACGCUCGAAAUGGGUGUGUUCCACCCUCCCCAGCUAUUGUUGCUCCGCCUUCGCCCAACGCAAGUCUGCGACUAACUGUUGGGGAUCCGGCCAGUGAGUCGCCAAGUCAACCUGCAGAGCGAGUUCUUCAGGCCGGAUUUUGGGAGCACGGCCGCUUUUAUGGUUCUUGGAAGCCCGGGAAGUACCUCUUCCCCAUUGACAAGGAGGAGCUCAAUAGACUAGACAUCUUUCACAAAUUCUUCAUGGUGGCAAGAGAAGAUCGCAUCUCCGAGGCUCCCUUGGACAAAGAAGGGCAGCCAAGGAUUAUGGAUCUCGGAACCGGUACAGGCAUCUGGGCAUUCAACUUAGUAGAAGACUUCGCCCAGGAUGCCCAAGUCCUGGCCGUCGAUCUCAACCAGAUUCAGCCAGCUCUGCACUUGUUGCCCGGGGGACAUAUCGAGCACAUAGAGGUAGACUGGACACCACAGUGGGAGGAUGAUAAUAUCCCUACGCAUUCGGCUCUGCGCGAGUGGGCUCAUCUGUUCCAGCGUGCCAUGCGCCGCUACCAACGAAACGUCACAGUCUCAUGUGAAGUCGCCCGAGACAAUAUGGAAGCCGCUGGUUUCACUGACUUUACUGAGACCACGAUGCGGUGCUACGUGAAUCCGUGGUCUCCCGAGCGCCACACCCGGGAAACUGCUCGCUGGUUCAAUCUCGCCCUCAGUCUAGGCCUCGAGGCCAUGAGCAUGAUGCCUAUGAUUGAUAAACUCGGCAUGACAAAAGAAGACAUUCAAGACCUCUGCAACAGAGUCAAGAAGGAGAUUUGCAUUCUGCGCUACCACGCCUACUGCACUCUGUAA